AUGGACGUAUACGUCCAGAUCACGGGUCUGGACUCAGGGAAAAUGCGUGGAGUCAAGGCGCUGCUCGAUAGUGGCUGCAGUACCUGCUGCAUUGACACCGACGACGCACAAGCAGAGAAAUUGGACAUCCAAGAGCUUCCACAACCCAUCGUGGCACGAAACGCCGACAACACCAAGAACAUCAGCGGCCGGAUCACACAUUACGUUGACUUGAGGAUGAGAAUCGGUCCUCAUGUGGAGACCCGCACAUUACUCCUGACGUGUCUAGGAAAAGCCCGGAUCUUCAUCGGUCUGGAUUGGCUGACGGAACACAACCCUGAGGUGGAUUGGCAGGAGCAGACAAUGAGAUUCAGCCGAUGCCCAGAGCAGUGUCACAUGAGGGGUCCCAAGGAGUACCAAGCAAUGAUCGACAUGGAUGCAAUCGACCUGGACACGGGUGCAACAGAUCUGGAAGAGGGUGAAUCAAUCCUGUUGGUCGACUUUGGGAAGGAAGUGGAUCUACGGCUGAAAGAAACGCCGGUGCAGAAAUUCGCAGAAGAAGUGGAAAAGGAGAAUGAGAGGAUGAUCGAGGGGAAGAUUCCGGAUCAAUAA